ACAUCAGACAUCGGCAGGUGGUGUACUAGAAUGAAAUUUAAGUAGUAUGUUAUAAUUUAAUGUGAAGACAGUAUAAAGACGAGACACCCGAAAAGUCAAAAUGACGGAUGACACUGUCCAGUCGAAAGACGCUGGUCAAGCAGUGCCCAAAGCAAUGAUAAUGGAGAUGCUGAAAAAUAAAUUUGAAAAGCUACCAGAGGUAGACAGGAAACUUCUUACAUAUGGCUCAUUGUAUCUGGGGGGCAACGCAUCACUUGUUGGACUGAUUGCCAAUAGUUUUUACCGGCGGGCACUCAAUGUCACCCAAGGACGAGUAACCUCAAGCAUUCCCAUGGCUGUCUUGCCCUUUUUAACAACUGUUGCGUUAUACAACGCAGCUGUUACUAACCCUUUGUUGUCAGGAGAUCUCAAUUGUCCAACUUGUGCCGUUACCAGAGGUGCGCUUGUAGCAGUGGCUGGUGGCGGUUUAUAUCCAAUUUUGUUGGCUUUACCUGUUAACGCUGGACUUGCAACCAGAUACAGCACUGCUCCAAUGCCUGAGACAGGUAAUCUGUGGCGCUUCUGCGUGAGGCUUACCGAGCCCAUUAUCAAGAAAAUGGGUUUUGUGCUGGUACUGCAGACGAUAUUUGGUACUUACUUGAGCUCUAAGCACUUCGACAUCUUUCUGAAAAUGCUCAAGUUAGCAGAAGUAGAAAUCGAGGAACUUAAGGAUUAAGCAGUUCAUUUCUUUUUGCUUUCCUGUGUAGCAAAUGUAAUACAAAAUACAAUGUACUUUCGCUGUAAACUUGUUUUGGGAUUUUUUAAAAGCAUGUA